AUGUCAACUUCGGAAAUCCCCCGUCUCAUGCGACGUCCGCCUGGUUCUCAUCUGAACUUUGUGAGAACCAUCUACACUGCAGACGAAACGGCCCUAGCCAAGCAAACUGCUCCUGCAUUACUAUACGUCCAGAGGUCAGCACCCGAGAAGAAGACGCUCUUUGGCAUUUGCGCUACAUGCAGCCUUGUCACGACGAGAAGCGACCAGCCGUCGUCAAGCCCGGAUAACCGCAGCCACUCGCCAUCUUCCGAAGACCCCUACUGGAGGAACAUUCCGGUUCCCCGCUACACCGAAGACAAGCUCUCGGGCAACCAGUCGUAUUGUCCCAUUGUUUGCUGA